AUGGCAACUUUAACCAACGGGCAGGUGGACGGCACGGUGCACGGUGUCGGUGUGGUCUCCGCCAGCACGAACGGGCUCGUGAACGGAUUAAGCCACAGCCACAGCCCGGCGGGCUGCCCGGCCACCAUCCCCAUGAAGGACCACGAUGCCAUCAAACUCUUCAUAGGUCAGAUUCCCCGCAACCUGGACGAGAAGGACCUCCGGCCCCUCUUCGAGGAGUUCGGCAAGAUCUACGAGCUCACUGUGCUCAAGGACCGAUUCACGGGCAUGCACAAAGGUUGUGCCUUCCUCACCUACUGUGCCAGAGAAUCGGCCCUGAAAGCCCAGAAUGCAUUGCACGAGCAGAAGACCCUGCCAGGGAUGAACAGACCGAUCCAGGUGAAGCCAGCAGACAGUGAGAGUCGAGGAGAAGACAGAAAGCUCUUCGUGGGCAUGCUCAACAAGCAACAGUCAGAAGAUGAUGUGCGGCGCCUUUUCGAGUCCUUCGGCAGCAUCGAGGAAUGCACCAUCCUCAGAGGUCCCGACGGAAACAGCAAAGGCUGUGCAUUUGUAAAAUACUCCUCUCAUGCUGAAGCUCAGGCAGCCAUCAGUGCACUACACGGCAGCCAGACAAUGCCUGGUGCCUCAUCUAGUCUGGUGGUAAAGUUCGCCGACACGGAUAAGGAACGCACCAUCCGCCGCAUGCAGCAGAUGGCUGGUCAGAUGGGCAUCUUCAACCCUAUGGCCCUGCAGUUUGGAGCUUACGGAGCCUACGCUCAGGUGCAGCAGCAGGCGGCAUUGAUGGCAUCAGUAGGCCAGGGAGGCUACCUCAGUCCAAUGGCAGCCUUUGCUGCUGCCCAGAUGCAGCACAUGGCGACCAUCAAUGGCCUCCCAGGAGCACCGCUGACCCCCACGUCAGGUGGCAGCACUCCUCCAGGCAUCAGCGCCCCCACAGUGACCAGCAUCCCCUCCCCCAUUAGUGUAAAUGGUUUUACUGGCAUGCCGCCGCCCCAGGCAAAUGGGCAGCCCCCUGCAGAGGCUGUCUUCACCAACGGGAUACACCAUUACCCUGUGUUGCAGGAGGUGGUUUUUAGGGAGGACUCGGAGAAAAACGGCUUGGGCGUGGCUCCGCGAAGUUGUUUUGGGGUUCAGGGUGGCUGCUUCCUCUCCUCUCUCUCUGAAGCUCAAAGUCCCACUGCAGCUGAUCCUCUCCAGCAGGCUUACACAGGAGUCCAGCAGUAUGCAGCCUACCCAGCUGCAUACGGCCAGAUCAGCCAAGCCUUCCCCCACCCUCCACCCAUCAUUCCACAGCAGCAACGAGAAGGACCAGAGGGUUGCAACCUGUUCAUCUACCACCUCCCUCAGGAGUUUGGGGAUGGAGAGCUGAUGCAGAUGUUCCUGCCUUUCGGUAAUGUCAUCUCCUCCAAAGUGUUUGUGGAUCGGGCGACAAACCAAAGUAAAUGCUUUGGGUUUGUGAGCUUCGACAACCCAGGUAGUGCCCAAGCUGCCAUCCAGUCAAUGAACGGCUUCCAGAUCGGCAUGAAAAGGCUCAAGGUGCAGCUGAAGCGGCCAAAGGAUGCCAACCGCCCCUACUAG